UGUUCAGAUGUAAUUUACAAGUGCGGGUCUCCGUCACUGCCGGCCAGAGUAGCAGCUAACGGGCAGAUGUUGGAGGCUCUCUGCUCGGAUGUCCGAUGACCGGAGCGGCUCGUGUUUACAUCCAGCGCGAAUCCCGGGAGGCAGAGAUGAGCAGACGCCGUUAACACCGUGGAUCUGCACGGAAAUAAACACGGAUCUCCCACGAGUGGCCCGCAUCACACGGCGUGGAAAGUAGCGGAUUUUAACCCAGACAGGAGAGUUCCACACGCGGAGAUCUGCAGCUUCACGGAGGAUGGAAAAUAAACCAUUGACAGCACCCCCUAGUGGUGUGGAGGACUGAGGGGCCUCUGGAUGAAGGCCAUGGAGCUGAAAGUUUGGGUGGACGGAGUGCAGCGCAUCGUGUGCGGGGUCACGGAGUUCACCACAUGCCAGGAAGUGGUCAUCGCUCUGGCACAAGCCAUUGGACGGACUGGCAGAUACACUUUGAUCGAGAAAUGGCGGGAGACCGAGCGUCACCUGGCUCCACAUGAAAACCCCGUGGUGUCCCUCAACAAGUGGGGUCAGUAUGCCAGCGACGUGCAGCUCAUCCUCCAGCGAACCGGCCCGUCUGUCAGCGAGCGGCCAACCUCUGACGGUCUGGCCCGCGUCCCUGAACGGUGUCUCUACCGCCAGAGCCUCCCACCUCUGGCCAAACUCCGCCCGUCAGGAACGGACCGCUCGCUCAAACGAAGGGAACCCAAACGCAAAUCUCUGACCUUCACUGGAGGAGCUAAGAGUCUGCGGGACAUAUUUGGAAAAAGCAGAGAUGCUGAAGCCAAACAGCCUCAGCAGCGUGGUGUGAGUCUGAACCUCAGCAAAGUUGGAGGAGGUGGAACAGCAUCUGUACCUGGGAGUCCAGCCAGAGAGCUGAGCCGACUGGUGCAGCUGCAGAGAGACAAACUCCAGGCCCUGGAGAGCCGUCUGCUGGGCUGCGAGGCCGAGCUGCGAGACUGGGAGGAGGCCGGCGGCGAGGCCAGUGAAGAUGGAAAUUUGGAGGAAGAGCUGCUGCUUUUGGAGCAGCAGGUGAGGAGGAACGACGCUGAGAUGGAGGAGGAGGAAUUCUGGCAGAACGAGCUCCAGAUUGAGCAGGAGAGCGAGCGCCAACUGAGGCAGCAGCUAGCCGAGCUGCAGGGCCGCGUACGAGACUGCGAGGCCAAACUUUCAGAGUAUUUAGCGAAAAUACAGAGCAUGGAGGCAGGUCUGGAGCAGGGCCGACUGCAGCAGGAGGCCGAACUCAACCAGAGGGUCAAUGAGGAGGAGGUGCAUGCCCAGCUGGAGAAAGUGAGAGCAGAGUUGGAAAUGCACAGCCAACAAACAGCACGACUGGAGAGCAGCUGCAGGGCGUUGGAACGCUCACUUGGCCAGUCAGGCAAAAGAUUACAGGAGAAGGAGCAGGAGCUGGAGCAGCUGACAAAAGAGCUCCGACAGGUCAACCUGCAGCAGUUCAUUCAGCAGACCGGUACCAAGGUCACUGUGCUACCUGCUCAACCCACAGCAGAAAACAGCAACGAGGUGGAGGGCGGCUCUCUGAAACGCCUCGGCUCUUCUCGCCUCUUACCCAGCGACCUUCGGGCUCUCCAGAGCACCAUCUCCUCCAGCCUCAACCCUGAAGGCAUCUACGUUUGACCCUAAAGAGACAUUUUUUUGGGCAGCCUGAUGCUACUGGGACCGAUUCUGUUCCUGAGAAAUGACUCUACAAACUGCUUUUUAGCAACACCUCAGUCAGGAGGAUGAAAAAGGUUCGAAGAAAAUUUUUUUGCAUCUUUCCUGCACUGCCUCGUCUUCCUUAUUACUGAUGUCAAUAUCCAUUUACAUACUAACAUUUAAUGUGCUGUCUCCUUAGCCAGCGAGGAUUCAGCUCCAUUUCCAAACCAGCAGAUUCUUUUUUCUUUUUUUUCGAGGCAACCAGUGCAGUUAAUGUAAUUUAUAUACUGUAAAUCAUGAGAGACUUUGACACAUGUACACAUAUACAUACAAAAAAAAACUAUUAAUUGCAUGAGCAUGCACAAACAGUGACACCACACCUGUGCUAUAAAUCAUAGCCAUAUCUGAUUGCCUUACUCUGGUCUUUUAAAGCCAGACGUCAGUAAAUGUAAAACAGAACUCAAGGUAGCUACUGAACACUAUGCGCCAUAUGAAUUUGAUAAAACGUUCUUCACCAAGUCAGGUGAAUCCUAGUCGAUGUCAGUAUAUCUCACUGGGUUAGUCCAUUUUUUCUUUUUUUUUAUACAUGAACUUUUGUAUUGAUUUGAAUGGAAAAUAAAGUAAUUUUUCUUAUGUUUAGACAGCGAUGAGAAGAAAAAAAGCCCUUUGAACUAUCAUAAUAUAAAUGAUAUAAGAGCUGAAAGCAGGUUUAAUGGGCCCAUCAGCUCUUUGACAUUUUCUAGAAUAGCUUGGCCCGUUUGAAGUUUGCAUUGUGCAGGAGGCAUUAAUCUCCUUUUGUUGUUCUUCCUCCAAAAUCUCCCUAAUGAGCAGAUGACAGAGGCCUGCAGUGGAAAUCCAGCCUGUGAGUCUCAAUCGACCACUAGGUGGCGACAAAACAUCUAAUAUUCAGACUGGUGAAAGUUAACUGUGUGAAAGUUCCUCCAACUGAUGUCUGCAAUAAUUUUUGUGGCUCAUAUAUGACUGUGCAUAUUGUUCUUGUAUAAAAAGCCUCAGCACUUUAGUUUUCAGUGUAUUAAGGUGCCACUUAAAAUACUGGUUUGACAUGUUUCACUGUGUUCAUUGAGCAGGGACAUGCACCUCAAGAACAUCCAAUCUCUAACAUUUAUAAAACUAAAGAUGUCUCAUAUGAACCAAAGUCUGUGUAGCAAAACAAACGGUUAGAUGAAUGUACUUUUCUACAACUCAUGAACAUGACGUGUACCAGCUAGGUUAGUUUCAUAGUGUAUUUUUCAUGGUUUGUUGUCAUUAGGUGCUAAGUGGGUUAGUUUUUAUCACACAGGAAGAUGAUAAAGUUUUAUAGAAAAGGAAAUUCAAUCAAAUCCGAGAACCUGAACUGUAUUAAAAAAUAAUGUAUGUAUAUAUAUGGGCUUGAAAAAUGUGUAAAAACUGAAUGGGUGUGAAGGUGUAAAAAAGAAUUUUAAAAAAUUAGGACACAUAUCAGUUUUCACACGCAUUCAAAUUUCAAAUUUGUAUUUUUGCAGCCAAAAGAUGCAAUUUAAAUGUGUGUGUGGGCUUCUGGAGCUUCAACAUCACACACAGUUUUCUGCUAUGAAUCAGUAUUCACUCGAAGCGGUUCUCUUGUUUCAGAUCUGAUUUAAUUUGUGAAACUACAAAUCUUCUCUACUCUUUCACAAACUUGAAUUUUGCCCACUUCCUCUGUGAGAGAUACAACCACAGACUUUGCAAUUAUUUCAUCUCCCGAGCUGCAAAUCUCAUCGACCGUUAUUUGAGCCCACAUGAAGAAGCCGGUGUUUGUGCUGUGAAUGUGUAAUAACAAAGUGAAUUCCUCCCCUUCCAGUAUGAAGAAGCUCUCCACUCGGUUGUUUGUUUUUGCGUCUCAAAAAAAAAAAAAAAAGGAGAGGUAACCUGGAGAAAAUUCACAACUUUUUCAAAGUCCUCCCUGCAAAACUGUGCAGUGACAGUUAUAGAAAAUUGGAGUAUUAUCGUCAUGGCAACAACUUUGGCUGCAACACAGAGACUGUAACCCACUAACAAAGGAAUCACAGCCCUUGUCGACUGAACGUUUUGAAUAAUGGCAUGCCUUACUGAGAAAAAAAAAGUAAAUGUCUACAUAUCACAUCAGUCUCUGGACUAUUUUUAAAGUAGAUUGAAGUCUGAUAUAUGCAGAGUGCCGGUGAACAGGUAGCGUGUGCAUGCAAUAAUGUGUGGUUUAUUUGGACUCCCAAUUAGUGGCUGCCAACAAUUCAUCUGAGACUCAUUUUGUUUUUGCUUCGUUUUGUCCCUUUUUUAUGCCUUGUUGACUUGUGCAAUGAUGAAUGAGCUUAGUAGAAAAAUGGCAAAACCUCCACAUUAAUUUCAUGCCUUUUCAUUUUAUUUUGGCAAAAAUCAUGAAUGUAAAAGAGAUCCAUGUUGCAUUGACCGUAAGUUUACCAACACUGCAUUUUUUGUUUGUUUCCCACUUCAUGCUUUGAGACAUUGCCAAUAAUUGGCAUCUGUCAUGCCAUCAAUGGCGCUUUGAAAUAAAAAGUAUGAGAUGAUGGAGCCAUUAUGGAAACAGCCAUUGAGUGGUUUUGAAAGCUAUUUUAGAAACACUGUGGCUCAGGGAUACUUCAAGGCACAGAAUUACCCAGACAAGAAUGGACAGAAAGUAAUUAUGGGUAAAUGUUGUUCACGAUGUCUCAAGCCAUUUGACAAGUUAAAGCGUAUGUUUGCUCUCAUGGGGACUUGGACAGCUGUUUGACAAGUUCAACACCGGGUCCUCGACGCGACACAACAAAUGAAAAUGAAGGAAUGAGUCUGUACUGAAAGAGGUGCAGCUGAAAGUAAAGUGUCUCUGUUGGCUCACGAUUUAUGUGGAAGCCAGCCCAGUUUGCAUCUCAUAUAUUAUGAGAGAUACACCAGAGUAUACAUGAGAGGCGCAAUCUGGGGUUUGCGGUAUAAUCCUGUUCCUGAAACACUCCUCAAAGUGUUUACAUGAAUACUUCACGGUAAUGCUAGUUAGAUGAACUGUGUGGCUGACAUCACUCUUAACAUUUAGACAAGACAAAUUAUUGUAUAUUCAAAAUGUUAUUAUCAUUUUGUAUUGUUUACCUGCAAAUUCAACUACUGUGUUUUUUUUCUUUCAGAAUUUUAUCAAAUCUUCCUCUUUGUGUCAUCAUUUAGCCACUAUGUAUGAAUGAAAUGAAAAUCAAAGUAUAAUGUAAAAUAUAUAAAUAAAUGAUGAAAUAUAUUUUAAAAAAUAUAUGCCAGAAAUCAAUAAACUGCUACACAAUGCUGAA